GAAUCUGCGCAUAAACAGCAUCUAACCUUCAAGCAAUCAACGUGUCAAAAACAUAUGUCAAAUCAAAAUAAAAAUUAAAACGUACUAGGUUCAUCAUACCCCUUAACUCUUCAACAGUAUGGAGACUUCAGAUAGUGAGUGCUUUGAGAGUGCCGAUGAGGACUUUGUGUCGGAUUUUGAGGAUGAAAGAGGGCAGGCGUCAACAUUGCACCAUAAGUUAAUUGAGCCAGAACUGUGCAAGCUCAAGAUACAAGAGCGUGAUGACAUUAAAGAGCGAAAUGAUGAUGAAAAGCUGCCUGCUGAGCCAAUAAGCCCCAAAUUGGCUGAACCAAAGGUCCAAAGCGCUGGAACAAAGGAGGCCAUUGAAUGUCUUACAGAAGAGAUUCCAAGCAGGCCUGGAACGACUGACAAUUUACAACAGACUAACAACCGCGCAGUAGAAAAGCCGCAACAAAUUAGCAAGAAUGAAACUUUGAUCAGUCCUGUGGAAUCCAAAGGCUCUACUGAAGUUCCCGACAGCUUCCAGCUGCAAGCAGACGAAAACUUAUGGGACGAAGACGAGCUGGACUGGGGAUCAGAAGCUGCCAAAGAGCAGCCAUUAAAGCUUAACGAAUCUGUGCAGUCGACGCCUGAAUCCAAAAACCAAGACAGUGGGUGGGAUGAUUUUGAUGUGGAUUGGGAAUCAGAGCCUUCACUUUCCAACCAGUCUAAACCCGCUACUGUGAGUAGCACGGAGAAAAGUUAUAGCAAUGCUGAGGAUGAUGGAUGGGAGUCUGUGGAAGCACCAAAGGACACAUCCAAUGAAAAACAGGAUUCCGACGCUAGUUGGAAUCUGUUUGGCAGAUGGGGCAUUUCUUCGAUGCUCAACAGCGCUUCUGCUGGCGUUUCUACCAUAAGAACCAAUCUCUCUACGGCAUUGGAAGGAAGCAUCGGGAUUCCAGCUGAUGAAGACCUAGCCAAAGCCAAAGUAUUAGAAACAAGCAAUCAAGCAGCGUCGGAAUACUGUGAAGAACCUUCAAGUGGUUUUGGGUUCAGCAAUUUAGUAUCAGGAGUGACCAAGUUUGUGGAGUCAACGGGCACAAAAGUAAUCACUGGAGGUCUGGACACUUUGGAAGCGAUCGGCAAGAAAACAGUGGAGGUUCUUCAAGAUGGCGAUCCAGGCCUGAAGAAGAAGCGCGCCUUUCUUAAACUGGACACCAUGGGCAAGCCAAAUCUGUCGCAAACACUGCGCGAAGCCAAAGAGCAAGCCGAAAAGGAGAUGGCAGAUAUUUCGCAAAAGGACAAGGAAAAACGGCGAAACAAGAAUUAUGAAACACUGUUUGAUGACCACCAAGGGCUGGUGCAUCUUGAGGCGUUAGAAAUGUUGUCGAAACUAUGCAGCAUCAAGCUGGAUAAUCUCAACAACUCCCUUUCGGGUAGCGCGUUGAAGGACAUGCAGGAAACCUUGGAACAGGUCAAAGAGCUAUGUGAACUGCCAGAGGACGAAGAGGACGACAAAGUGCCCAGUCACGAAACCCAGGAGAGCUUGUCUACUGCAGUCAAGGAAAUAAACAUUCCCCUUUCCUAUGAGAAGUUAUUGGCUGUACAUGAAGAAGCAGACGUUUGGAUUCAAACAGCUGACGCGGACCCGGAGGACGUGCACCAGCGAGCCAUAGACACUUUGGCUCAAAUCACCGCUCUUGCAGUUGAACAGUAUCAUAAAGCUGGAGAGUUGCUAUUAGUCAAAGACCACCGAAGCACUGCGGAUGAGGCUGACAGCCUAGUACAGAUAACUACCGUUGUGAAGUCCAUCAUUCGCAGCCAGGCUGAAACAUUCACGGACCGACUGAAUUCCAUCGGGAAUUCUAGCAAAGACGAGAUUAAUGCUCAUAUUACCAACAUUUUUUACGAGGCUGGUAACAGUGGAACGUACAUUCAGGACGCCUUCCAGCUGCUGAUUCCCGUUCUGCAAGUGGGCGCGGUUUGAAUAUAGGCUUAUCAUUGGGCGAUCUGUACAUACUGCAAAUGUAAGUUAAGUGUAAUAACAGAUUUUUUUAAUGAGA